CAAAUUUGCGCGGGUUUAUGUGCUUGUGGGUGGCUGUCAGUCGUCUGUUGAUACAUCAAAAUAUAAAUAGAAAGGUUUUGCGGACUGUCCUCUCUGUGCUCGGGAAGCUAAAAACAUGUCCAAGCGAGAGGCGUUUCUAGACGCCGUCUGUAAAGAAAAUGUCGAGGAUUUCCUCCGUUUUAUCCAACUUCAUAAGGACAAAACGGAGCCCUUCGAUGUGGAGGAGGUGCUGCAGGAGCUGCCCAGAGACCAGAGAGAGGCCCUGUGGGGAAGACUGGCCUCGCUGCUGCAGGAUGUCCUGCUUGAGUUACCCCCAGAGCGCUGGGAGCCGGGGCAGGACAAGGGGGAGAACAGGGAGCAGGGAAUGGAGGUGGAGGUGUCUUCAGACCCAAAACACACCAUGUCUGUUGUGGAUGGUGUCACACUAGUGGCCAUGGUGUCGUUAAAGGUCCUACAAGAUGGUGACACUUACAUCUCUCUCCUGGAAUGUGCUGACAGGCUUCAUGAUGUUCUAGUGGUGCUGCCUGUCUCGGAGACACCUCUGGAGCUCCACAUCCACAAACUGUGUGAAGCCUGGUGGAAGAAAGGGCUGCAGGGGAAAGAGAAGUUUGGCCGCACUGCUUUCCUCAUCUCCCUGCAGAAGACCUUAUUUUUGAAGAGACCCGGGGCUGAGAUCCAGAGGCUUUGGGGCCUCCAUGAUGUGCUUCUGGGCCUGGACUUUACAGCAGAGGACAACAAACAAAUAGUCGACCUGUUGCUUCAGUGCUUCCUUCAUGUCGUCUACAUUAGACACGACGAUGGAAAGCGAUUCCUGGUGUUCCUCUUUAGCUGGAACAUCAACUUCAUCUGGAUGAUUCACGCCACCAUCAAAAACCAACUGGAGUUCUUUGCCAAGGCCCUGACUAAUCAUAUAGCAGAGAUCUACUUCAGAGCAUGGAAGAAGGCUAGUGGAGUCUUCCUGGAGAAGAUUGAGAGCUUGUGCAUUCAAGACUUUAUGCAGCACGCUAUCCUGCUCCACAGAGCUUCGCCUGUCCAUGCUAAAGUCCGUCAGAUCGUGAGCUACUUCCACAAGAGGAAGGGCUGCCGCAUGGUGGACAAGAUGCUGUAUACACUCUACAAGCCCAUUCUCUGGAGAGCUCUAAGUGCUCCUAAUUUUGAGGUGCGAGCCAAUGCCGCUCUCCUUUUCACGGAGGCCUUUGCGAUCCAUGACCCUGAUCGGAGCAGCGAGGAAAUAGAUGAGACUAUUCAAAAGCAACUGGACACACUGAUGGGCCUCCUUGACGACCCUCACCCCCUGGUGCGCUCCACUGCCACCCUCGGGGUGUGUAAGAUCCUGGCCACAUGCUGGGAGAUGCUGCCCCCUACAGUCAUCACAGACUUCCUGAAGAAACUGGUGGUGGAGCUGGCUGCUGAUACCAGCUCCCCUGAUGUCCGCUGUGCUGUCUUCAAGUGCCUGACCAUUGUCCUGGACAAUGCUCUUAGCCAUCCACUGCUGGAAAAGCUGCUGCCUGCUCUGAAGUACAGCCUUCAUGACAACUCUGAGAAAGUCCGCACAGCUUUCCUUGACAUGCUGAUCAAGGUGAAAGCAGUGCGUGCUGCAAAGUUUUGGGAUGUGUGUAGCAUGGAUCACCUGCUGGCUCGCCUGGCUAUCGACUCCCAGCCCGUCUCCAAGCGCAUCGUCAACCUCCUUUUCAAAUCCUUCUUCCCUGUCAACGAGUCGGAGAAGGAGUGGUGUUGUCGCUGCAUCACCCUCGUCCAGAUGAACCCCAUGGCUGCCAGGAAGUUCUACCAGUACACCUACAUACACACAGCCCCCACCAACAUAAUAAAGUUGAUGCUGUCCAUACGGCGUGUUCUGAACAGCUGCGUCCAGAAUGACUGUGACCUGACUGAGAUUAACGACGGCAACAAGGAGAACAGCACUGUUGAACGUGUUCUGUCGGUGAAAGACACAGCCAUUGUGUCCAGCCUGCUGGAGGUGCUGGUCAUCCUGUGGAGAAGCAUCGAGAAAGCCCUGGAGCACAACAAAGAGGCCCAGCAGUACACCUAUGCCAAGUUUGGCAGUGUUAUGUCCAAAUACUUCAACACCUUUGAGGAUGAGCGUUGUACUGUUCCCCUCAUGCUCCUGGCCUCGUUUAUGCCCCCAGCUGCAGUCCCAACAUUCAGCUGCGGUGUCCUGUCCAGGCUGAGGAGGAUGGAGCCAGGAGCUGUCCCGUCAGAAUACAGUCAGCUGUUAGACUGCUUGUGUCGUUGGGGCCAGGUCGGUGACGUUCUCGAACUCGUCACUGACUGGCUCACCGAAGCCCUGCCCAAGAAGGCGAGCAAGGCGAGUACCAGUCGAACAGUGCGUAUCCAGGAGACGGUGGAGGCCAAACCAGACCUGGCACUGGCUUACCUGGUUUACCUGUUCAGUCACACCUCAACACGGGCGAGCGUCCUGGCUCUCAGUCAGGGUCCACUGAAGCAGCUCCAUACAGUCCUGGGCUCCUGGAGGUCGGUGCUGUACAAUCACCUCAGCUCCACCACAGCUAAUCCUAAAGAUCCCAGCGUCCAGACAGCACUGAAAGCCUUCACGUUCCACAGCCGACUUGGUGCACAUCUGCAGCAUAACUCCUCAGAGGGUCGUGACUACCUGCUGUCCCUGGAGAACGAGGCAGCAUGGGUGGCUGAGAGGGUGCUGCCCUUCCUGGCUAACCGUAGUGACGAUGACGGGGCUGAAUCAGAGACGUCACAGUCACUGGCCAGAGAAAUCACUGAGAGUUUCCUGACGGUGUGCCGAGAUGUUUUGCUGGUGGGUUUGGGGGAUGAAACGUUCAAGGGUCAAAUCCUCCACUUGUGCUCCCUCAUCCUCCUCUCAGAGAAGGGCUACCUGUGCGUUCCCCCUAUGCUGUCUGUCCUGAAGGAGGUGGCAGAAAGCUACACCCCUGAGGAAGACCAGGGCCAGGAGGACCAAAAGCACCCGACCACCGUCAUUCUGGGAGUAGUGGCCAACAUCUUCCAGAAGAUUGUGGAGCUCUUGGCUCGCUGCCUCAGGAAGGAGCCAGAGGAAGGAAAACAGCUGUGCCAGUCUGCUGUGUCCGGCAUGACAGACUUCCUCCGGGUGGUGCAGAUGUGGGAAGAUGUACCGGCCAACCCCCUGAGUGGGGUUUUCUCCACUCUGUUUGCUGUCAUCAUCGUGGAGAGGAGACAUGUGCUGCAAAAGGUUUCCCAUCCUGAGGAGGUGAUCACACCAGAGUCUGUGGAGGACAUGCCUCCUCUGUCCAGCAUCCUGCUGUCUGUUCUCCUCUCCUCGUCUCCUAUUACCAGGGCCUUUUUGACUGAGAUCAACUCGUCUCUGGACUCGGAGGCCAUCAGCUGUCUGACUGAGCUGGCUGCCGUCCUGCACAUCUUGGCCAUCAUCAAACACACGGGGAAGAUGAACGCAGAUUUGAAGAGCGCAGCGAUAUCCGUCCAGAGGCAGCUUCAGAAAUACGCCGUCGCAGCUGAAGACGGCGGAAACAUCCAGAGGUGUAUUUAUCAAUCUGCUGUAACGACCUUGAGUGACAUUCUGGAUUUAUGAACUUCCUUUUUGGGCAACUAUUUUGGGCCUGUGUGAUAUGUAACUUCUGCUUUACAGUUGUGUUUAAUGAAGCGGGGUGGAGCAGUAUUAUGUCUAUAAUGCUGGAAGGAUAGCAGCCAUAUAUCUUUGUCUGUCAAUGUGUUUCUAUCUGUCAAUAUCACUCGCAUAAAAUAAAGUUAGAACAAAUACCUAGCCAGUAUAAUUGCUAGGUGUGAUUGACUGCUUUGUGUGUGUAUUACAAGUAGAAAUACAAGAAAUGUGUUAAGGUAAGAUGAAAAUUCAUGAACCCCAUAGGCAAACUGGGCAUUUGACAUAAGGAUUUUACUUAUUAUUAUAAGUAAUAUAAUAAUAUGUUAUUAUAUUAUUAUUUUCAGGAGAUUGUAACAUGUUUUCUUCCAUCUUUUUUACUCUCGGUGGUAGAUUGGCUUGUAGCCUCCUUACAGCAGAGAGGAGUUUUUGCAGCAACAAAGUUUCGAGUGUGAAACUUUUUGUCAACAUCCAUUUUGGCAAAGCUUUUGACCACCUUUUUCUGUUCUCAAGGAAAAGUUCAUUUUGUAUUAAUGGAAAUUGACUCCUCCUUAUUACUGGCAGGAUGUGUGUCCUCAGUCUGGUGCUGCCAAAGUCACACAGAGUCUCAGCCUUUAGAGUUUAUAGUUUAUCAACAACAGUGACAGCCAGAUAUGUUGCCAGCACAGCUAACCCCACAGCAGCCAGGUAAAAAUGACACAGGAAAUAUUUGAAUUUGGUUUGGUGAUCAAAAUUAAAAAUACAAUUUGGACUGGAAACUAAAGCGAGAGGGACAAGGGACAUAUGGGGACCUGCUUGCUCUUCUUUUCUUCCUUUCUUUCUUUCUCCUCCCAGCUUAGCUCCACUUGUGCUUAUUUAUAGCUUGGUGGCAGCCAUUACUUGGGUCUUGUCUCUCAGGCUUUGUGCUUUGUGAGAGAAUUGAUGAUGUUAACAAAUAUUGAUUGACUUCUCCCACACCGCAAGAAUAACGUACAGCUUCUUGGAUUGACUGGCUUCUUGUUUGAAGCUAACAGAGUCCUUUCACUCCACUGUCACCCUGUUUAGAGUAUUGCAUAUGUAUGUUUUCUUUUUAUUUUCUUCUUACAGUGUAUGUUUUUCUAUCUGUAAGUUUGUCAACAAAUAGAUUUGGAUGUACUAACUAAAAGAAUAAAUCAAAUUGUAUCAACCAA